AUGGACGACGACACCUCCCCCUCAAGUCACCCCACCACCACGUCUCCCCCAGGCUCGUCAGUAGACCCCGUGCCACGCAACUCGAGCUCGAGCUCAACCGACCCCCUCCUGUCACCGCCACAAGCAGUGCGUCCUCCGAGCGUCCACUCGAGCCGGUCUUCGCUUCGCAUCCCUGCCGACUCGGCCCUUGUCGCCGACAGUGCUGCAGACAGCGUCCCCGACCUCCUCCCACCGUCAGCGCCCAGCAAGCGGCGCACCAACCGACACUCGCUCCCGAUGCGCUCGUACCCGCACAACAGCGUCAACGUGAGUGGCAGCGGCGGCGUCCCUGGCGCGCGCAGUGACCUCGCGCUGUCCUCGGGCGGCACGCACACCGCGACCGCCACAGCCCCGUCCCGACACGUGUCGAUCAGCGCACCGUUGUCCUCGGCACCCAUUACGCCCGCGUCGGCGUACGCGUACGCCUACUCGACGUCCAACCUCGACUCGUACCACGAGCACGACCGGUCGGGGUACAGCAGCGCCACGACGGACCCGAACGCGAGCCGGGUAUCGCUGCAUCCCGAGCCGCUGCGCGCGUGCCGCGAGGCCCACGCGCGCGUCUAUGCACGACGACAAAAGGCGGCCAUGGCGUCCAGCCUGUCGCUCGCCACCUCGCAGCACGCCGGCAGUACCGGCAGCGCGCACAACGGCGGUAUCGGGGGCGGCGCGGGCUGGUUUUCGCCGUCGAGCGUUCACCUCCCGACGGUGGAUGCCGCCGGCGGACGCGACGGGCUCGCCACGAACGUCAUGGACAUUCUGGACGAGACGGACCUCUCGACGGGCGAAAAGGACCCCAAGAUGGCGCGGUUCAGGAGGAAGAUGUGGAAGGGCAAAGAGCCCAAGGUUGUCAAGUGGUUUCUCAGGCCGUUUGCAUAG